AUGGCCCAGCAGCACCCGCUCCAGCUCGAGCGACUGCCCCCGACCCCGACCGACGAGCCAGACGAGCCCUCGUCCCUCUCCCCCCGCCCCUCGACCUCGUCCCACUCGUCGUCACGACCCGCCCACCUCGCGCCCUCUCCUCGACCGCCAGCACCAGCGUCUGCACUCGGCUCCUCGCCGGCCCCUGCCCCGAUGCGCCGCACGCCGUCCCAAGGGCUCAACGCGACCGUCGGCGCAAAGGUGUGGGGGCUCGCCCUCGUCGGCUUUGACCACGCCGUCGGCCCCACCAUCGAGUACACGCUCCCCGACACGCUCAAGGACGACCCAGAGCUGCAGCGCAGCCUCCCCUUCCUCGCCCUCCCCGACGGCGCCCACGCCCGCGACGAGGACUACUCGUACUUCCACCUCGUCCUCCCCUCGGUCGCGCCCCAAGAGACCAUCUUUGGCAUCUCGUGCAACCGCCAGAUCCCGGCAGACCAGCUCCUCAACAAGGGCAAGGACGUGACGCGCUCGACCGUCCAAAAGGCCAUCGUCGUCCUCGCCUCUAAGCCCAUCUUUGGCCCUCUGCGCGACAAGCUUGGCGUCGUGACGCGGUCCUUCUUCGCGCAGCGCGACUUUGACGACAAGGCGAUCCUCGUCGACCUGUUCCGGAGCUUUGACCCGGCGCUCGCGCGGCGCGAGGGCCUCGACGGCGGCGGCAAGGGCAAGGGCAGAGCGGACGAGUGUGACGAGCCGGGCGAGGAGGAGGACGAGCGGGACGGCGAGCCGGGGCGAGCGGGAGACGAGGGCGAUGAGGUCAACCUGGCGGGUGAGGCGCGCGAGCCGCCCUUGAGCCCGCCGCCGGAGGAGAAGCAGAGGGCGGCAGAAGAAGAGGGCGGCAUGUACAUGGGCACGUCUCUGCGCGAGCUCGUCCAUCGGUUCCGGUUCAAGACGCUCAUGCUCCUCAAGCUCCUCAUGCUUCAACGUCGGGUCAUGUUCUUCGCCGCCAACUCGCCUGUCGAGCAGCUGUGCACGUUCCAGUACUCGCUCGUGACUUUGAUACCAGCUCUCCUCACGGCACUCGACGAUGCCGCGUCGCCCGUCCUCGACCAGCGCUCGCACCGCCUCACCAAGCCGACGAGCCUCAAGACGAGCGACAAGUACAGCCUGAUCCGGUACCUCGGCCUGCCGCUCAACAUCUUUGGCAAGGGCUCGUUCUUCCAGCCGUACCUGCCGCUGCAGCAGAUCGACCUUCUCAAGACGCGCUCGUACCUCGUCGGGACGACCAACAGCAUCUUCCAGCAGCAGCGCGACUGCCACAUCGACGUCAUCGUCAACAUCGACUCGGCGUCGCUCGAGAUCCUCAACCCCAAGUUGACGUCGCUCAUCACGCUCACGGCCGCCGACCGCAAGUGGAUGGACGAGCUCGUGACGACCGUCGACGCGUCGUGGAACGCGGCCGACCCGACGCGCCCGCUCGGCCAAGGGUUCGUCGGCAGCGACGACUUUCUGCGCGCCAAGUUCGAGGAGUACGUGUGCUCGCUGUUGGCCUGUGUCAAGUUUGGCGAGUUCUUGGGCCGCGACAGGGGCGAGAGGGCCGAGAUGCUGCUGUCGGCACCAGAGCUCGAGUCGUACAACCCGGCCUCGUUCAACGAGGCGUUCAUCAUGGCGUUCAAGCACACGGCCGCGUACGAGCUGUGGGACUGCACGACCGACGAGGUCAUCUUUGACCUGGUCGAGCCCAAGCACCCGAUGGAGGGCAAGACGAACCCGAUCGAGGACGUCGGGAUCCGGCUCGUGCACGGCCUGCACGACUUUAGCGCCGACCACAUCCCGGCGCUCGGCCCCCAGCUCGCCCCUCUGCCGCAGAAGGCGCGCGAGCGGCUCAGCAAAGGGUGGACCCAGGGCCGCGACGGCGUGUGGGGCGCGGUCGAGGCCUUCAGGGAGGACUGGGGCAAGCGGCAGCUGGCGGCAGCGCAGGCGCAGGCGGCGCAGGCGGCGGGAGAGAGCGACAAGUACGACAAGGACGUCAUGUCGUCGCCGGCGCUCGAUGUGCCCCAGUCGCCGGCGCAGCUCGGCGGGUCGUUCCUCGCCGGCGUCGAUGUCGCGCGCUCGGGCGCGCAGCAGCUCGCGGCGGGCCUCGGCGGAUUUCUCGGCGGCGCGGCGCGCAAGUCGAGCUUCUUUGGCGGCAGCAGCGGCGCGUCGGGCGCGGGCUCGGCGCCGCAUUCGGCCACGGCGAGCGAGGUCGACCCUUCGUCGCCGCCGCCGAGCGCGACGCUCUCGGUCCCGUUCCAGCAGCAGCAACAGCAGCAGCAGCAGGGCACAAACGGUCGCUUCUUACGCCCUUUGUCGACCGCCGCCGCCGCCACCGUCCCGACCUCGCCGCCGCUCGGCGGCGCACCUUCCCCUUCCCCUCCCCGUGUCGGCGGCCCCUCGCCCUCAAGCUCGGCUUCGACCGCUCCCUCGACGUCGCCCUCUGCAUCCGGCGCCGUUGGCGGCUUCUCGGGCUUCUUCGGCGGCCUGCGCCGCAUCGCGAACCCGUCGGUCGCGAACCUGAGCGCGUCCAACACCUCGUCGUCGGUCGGCUCGACGCCCUCGACGCCCGCCGGGUUCGGCACGCCACCGCCGCUCAGCUUUCUCGGCGUCGGCGGCUGGGGCGGGCGCGUGCCUGGGCAGCAGGGCAGCGCGAGCAGCUCGGCGCUGCAGCUGCCCGGCAGCGAGUCGGGGCGGGCGAGUGCGCAGGGGCAGCGCACGGCGAGGGAGGUGGCGGGUGACCUCGGGGCGGACCACAGCGAGAACGCCGAGGACGACGAGGGCAGGUUUGCGCGGCGUGUCGUGCGCGGCGUCGAGCGGGUACGGCUCGAGGACGACGACGAGGUCGGCUCGGUGGCCGAGCGCGACGCGGCGAGGGAGGAGGCGCGUCGUCGGCUCGAGGGCGUGUGAGCGGGUGCUUCUACGGUCGAGCCGUGGCGGAGUGGCGGGAGCCUGUUGUCGCAUUGCAUUUCGACGGCCGACGAGCCGGCAGUUUUCCUCG